ACAAAGUGCCAGUGUGGAGCAGGGACAGCAGCAGCACUCGCAGCGGCGGAUCGACGGAGCGCUUUUUCACUCACUGUGACGAUUAAAGUUGAGCGCGGCGCGCUGAUGACCUGCAGCAUCCUCCGGGGAAACUGUGCAUUUGACUGGCUUAACGAGCGUCAGUUUCCAUCUCCUCACCGCUGAUCAUUUGUUGCUGUCGUGGCUCUCCCGCUGUCCAGCAGUCCGAAAGGCUGUGUUUCAACCCGGCGCGCUGACGGAUACAGACGGACUCCGAGGAUCACAGAUGGACUGGCUCACACCUGAGAUGUGAAGUGUGUUAUGUGAGCCAAGGUGUUUUCCCACCUCACUGGUGGUGGGGAGAGAUGCUGCACUCCGUUGCCAUGACAGCAGAAGUUCUCUUUGUUCUCGGGGUCCUGAUGAGCGGCGCACAGUGUAAUCCUAUUGCGACCUUACCAGCGAGCCGAGAACGUCUGGAAAGGGUGUUGACCCAAGCCAGGGAGGACAAACAUCAGGACAAGCCGGCCCCAGAGGAGCCGCUCAGAUACGGCGCUCAGCAGCAGCAGCAGCCGGAGGAAAUCAAUGCCUUGGGUCCUAACAGGACUGCCGUGAGCCGCGCCAGGACGAACCUCAACUCCCAGACACGAGGAUCUAAGGGCGGGAAGUCCCAGGAGCUGUGGAGCGAACAGGACAGCCUGAAUCAAAUAGACGAGGGCCCCACCAGUGACGUAACCCUGUCCCUGGACGCCAUCGACGAGUACGCCUACCCAGACUACAGGGGGAAAGGCUGCAUGGACGAGAGCGGCUUUGUGUUCGCCAUCGGCGAGCAAUUCACCCCGGGCCCUUCGACGUGCCCUUGCCUCUGCACAGACGAGGGCCCUCUGUGCACCAAGCCGGACUGUCCCAAGGUUCACCCUCGCUGCAUUAAAGUGGACACUAGCCAGUGCUGCCCGCAGUGCAAGGAGAAAAAGAACUACUGCGAGUUUCGGGGCAAGAUCUACGCUUCUCUAGAAGAGUUUAAGGUGUCUCCAUGUGAGAAGUGCCGAUGUGAGCCCAGCGGAGAGGUGUUGUGCUCCGUGGCAGCCUGCCCUCAGACGGAGUGUGUGGACCCAGAGUACGAGCCGGAUCAGUGCUGUCCCAUCUGCAAGACUGGGCCGAACUGCUACGCGGACACAGCCGUUAUCCCGGCUGGCCGAGAGGUGAAGAUUGACGAGUGCACGAUCUGCUACUGCACAUACGAGGAAGGCACAUGGCAGAUUGAGCGUCAGGCCACCUGCAGUAAGAACGAGUGCCAGCGGAGCUAAAGACUGAGAACAAGAGAACACCAGCGCCAAUCCGCAUGUAAACUCUUGGCCUUUCACCCAGUCUACCGGACAUCAGGGUCGGACAGCAGCCCUCGAGCAUUUUCGGCAUUUAUAGUCACUCCUGUACUACUGAAAAAAAAAAAAAAGCUUUUAUGAAAGUUUAUAAUCCACACACAGAAUAUCUAUUUAUCUAUGUAUUAAAUUAUUUAUGAAUAUACACAAGUAUAGGAGUCAUUAAUGCUGAACUAGUGAAAAAGUAUUUUUUAUAGCCUCUGUAUUUUAAUAAGCAAUGUAUUGGACCAGAGGUCAAUUAAACAACAGAAUGUAUAGAACACACACACACAGCUGUCUUUGGAGGCGAAAACCUCAAUGUCUCGACAUGUGGUGUCACUGGACGAAUCCUGACACCACCCCCUCUACCACCAAAGUGCAGACUAGACUACGCGCGAUCCAUUCCAGAGUAAUGGGUCAAGAUUUGCUGUGCGGGACGAUCAAGAGCAGAGUUUAAAAAAAUGACGACGACAACACAGAAGGCAAUUAAAGAGGACUUGACUGUUUCCUGAUUUUUCUUCUAUCUUUUUUUGGAUGUUCAAAUGUGUUUUGAUUUAAAAGUGCUUUUUUGUAUUUCUAUUGGUACUGUGUAUUAAUGUUUCAAAUAAAAGCCAA